GAAGUUCGGAUAAUACUACUAAUUUAGUACAUGAUUGCCACUGGACGUCAGUGUACUUUGCGAUAUCGACUAGGGACGGAAAAGUCUGUGUUCCGCGAGUGAUAAAUUGUCGUUCGGUUAUCGUUUGGAAUUCCCGCUUGAGAUAACGUUCACCUUGCCUUACCCCGGCUUAGCAAUGAGAUAAAUUUGUGCUUAGUGCUCCCCCCUCCCGACCACGGUACAACAGCUAAUCAUCGGCGGAACAAAAGUACCGCAAAAUUCCCCCAUUCCAAGGUGUUUCAACACAUAACGAAACACCGAACGACGAUGGCAACCACGUCAGCUGCUAGAUUCUGCCCCCAAGUUUCGUAAGCAGAAGAUUAAACCGCUCAGACAAAGUUUCUUGUUUUCAGUGUCAAUUUAGGUUACCAGCGGUGAACAUUGCGCCACCAGUGCGGUCCAAUUCCCGCUAAUCGACGAAGCAGCUUUCAGUCCAUUACGAUGAGAUUAACUAUCAUUAUAAGUUUAUUUAUAAAUUUGGCCAGUGCCCAGAUGAAAUCAUGUUCCUUCAACGAACUCUGCGUACCGGUGACAAUCUGUCCAUUGUUCAAAGCAUAUGCUGCUCAAGCUUUCAAAGCCUGGCCAGAUGAGCUGCAAAGAAAAGCGAAAAGUAACUUCUGCAAUCGAGAAGUUGUUGAUAAAGCAACGGUAAUCAGCGUUUGCUGUCCAACGGCAAUAAACAAUAAAGAAUGCGGUGUUCAGGCGGUCAACCGGAUCUCGAAAGGGCAGGUUGCAAUGGUGUUCGAAUACCCGUGGAUGGUGCUGUUGCGGGAUGUCAGCGGGAACUUUGUCUGUGGCGGGACUCUUAUCAGCAGGAGAUACGUACUGACAGCAGCUCAUUGCAUUAAAACGACCACCUCAAUCACCUCGGUUCGGUUGGGCGAAAAUGAUAUCAACCAACCAAUCGACUGUAACAUCAUCGACGACGAAAGGGACUGUGCGCCUCCACCGCAGGAUAUAACAGUGGAUACCCCGAUUCGGCACCCGAUGCACAGCGAUCGACGAAAGAAAAAUGACAUCGCCCUACUUCGGUUGCAACGUCCAGUUGAGUGGUCCCACAGUAUCCGUCCUAUUUGCCUGCCCAACGGCACCCCAGAGCACCGGAUGAUCGAUCCACCAUUCUUCAUCGUCACCGGCUGGGGUGUGACAGAGAAUGGGUCCGCUUUCGAUGUACUGCGCUAUGCCCGAGUGCCACCGGUAACGCUGGACAAUUGCGCCACCAGUGUUCGCUCGUUGAGUGCAACCCUUAAACUGGACCAGAGCCAGAUUUGCGCCGGUGGUGUUGAUCAGGUGGACAACUGUGCCGGUGAUUCCGGUGGACCGCUGCAAUACAUUUCCAACCAAACCUCCCGCUUCUACCAGAUCGGUGUGGUUUCCUACGGGGUCAAAAGUUGCGGGGUGCAAAGCCAACCGGGGGUGUACACCAAUGUGCGGUACUUCUUGAACUGGAUACUGGAGAAUGUCGAUGAGUAAAUUGUGAUGUAAUUGAUAAUUGUGGGCGUGCUUAUUUUUCAUGAAACGAUGACUGGCAUUAGACGGGUUGAUGAUCAGGAGUACAAAUUAUAUUCACUAUUUAUUAUUUGCAUUAACUUAAAUUUUAAGGAAAUAAAUACAUUUGC